AUGUCUCAGCUGGAAACUGCGAUGGGAAUGACCAUUGCUGUCUUUGACAAGUACGCAAAGGCUGACGGCAACAGGCAAACCCUCAGCAAAGCAGAACUAAAGACCCUCAUGGAAAAAGAGCUCCCAAACUUCCUCUCGUCAGGGAAGGACAAGGAUGCUAUUGAUAAACUCUUCAAGAACCUGGAUGAAAAUGGUGAUUCCCAAGUGGACUUCAAAGAAUUUGUCAUCUUUGUGGCAACUCUGACUUGCCUCUGUCAUCAAUAUUUUGAGCAUAAAGCAGCCAAAUAA